AUGGUGCUAACUUAUCUAAUAUAUUACACUUGUGUGGCAUUUCUGAACCUUUUCCCUCUUACAGGUAAAGUUGAUGUUCAAGUAGACAUUGAAGCUGAAUUGGAAGUGGAAUAUGUAGUUAUGUUUGAAAGUGAAAGUGAUGUGGAAGCUAACAUUGAGGUGGAAGCUACAAGUGAUGUGGUACCCGAAAUGGAGGUUAACAUUGAAGUUCCUGAAGUUGAUGUAGAGGCUAACAUUGAAGUUCAUGAAGUUGAUGUGGAAGUUAACAUUGAAAUACCCGAAGUGGAUGCUAACAUUGAAGUUCCUUUAGUUCAAGAUAACAUUGAAGAAGAGAUUCAAGAUGAAAUGGAACAUGAACUUCAAGCUAACAUUCAAGAAGAAGUUCAAGAUAAUGCGGAACAGGAAAUUCAAGACAAUGCAGAAAUUCAACUUAGGAAGAGGACAAGAAAAACUUUAGAAAGUUUUACAAAGAUUAUGCUAGGGAAGAACAUAGGGAGGAAAGAGGGAAGCAGUAAUGAACACCCACUAGAGAUUUAA